AUGCGUCUGAUGCCACUUGGAGGCUCGAUUACAUAUGGAGUUGAGUCCUCUGAUAAAAAUGGCUACAGAAAAUAUCUGCAGGAUAUGCUUAUAGAGGAGGGAAAUAAUGUUACUAUGCUUGGAUCGCGAAGGGCUGGUUCCAUGAGCAACAAUGAUCAUGAGGGUUGGCGGGGCUUUAGAAUUGACCAGCUAGAGAGCAAAGCCAAGAACUCUGUUCAAAAGCUCAUGCCGAAUCUUAUUACGAUCAAUGCAGGCUCCAACGACUGCAUCCAGGGCUUCGAUAUUGGACGUAUUGGUAAGCGAAUGGGCAAUAUGCUUGAUGUUAUUUGGGCUGUAGCUCCAAAUUCAACUGUAAUCCUAUCUAACCUGAUACUAAACCUCGACACUGAGGUUGAGUCACGCAUAAGAUGGGCCAACGAUCAAUUUCAGGGCAUAGCACUCUUGAAGCAGAGCGAAGGAAAGAGGAUCGUCUUUGUCGAUAUGCACAGUCAAUUGGGGCCAAAAGAGAACGACAUAAGCGAUGGGACCCAUCCAAAUGAUCAGGGAUAUCAUAAAAUGGCCAAAAUAUGGUACAACGGUGUUCUAGAAGCCAAGGCAAAAGGGUUUAUCUCCUAA